AUGUCUGCUGCCAGUCCAACGGUUGUUCGCAGCCAUUCGUCCUCCCGCCCUCACGCGCAUCAUCGCCCCCCAUCAUCGGAUCUUCCCCACAGGACUCGGAGCACGACCGCCAGGCCCCCAUCAUCUUACUCCCACCAACACUCUUCUUCACGAUCUCAGUCUUAUGACCGUCGACCUCCUUCCAAUCAAGCCGCCUUUGCAAAUUUAGCACGUCGAGAUUUCGAGAAUUCUAACCUUGCCCGUCCGCUCUCUUCUCGCAGAGACUCCUCCCGGGAUCGUUCUCAGGAGCGCCCGCUCACCUCCCACCGCCCCGACCCAGCUCGAGCCUCUCAGCAUCACAAUACUUCAUCUCGACAUAAGCGAAACUCGGUCGAUAUGCCAGGAACCGUUGUUGAUACAAAUACGGCCAACGUUGCCGCUGCCACUGCGGCAGCGCAAUCAGCAGGCGGCCAUGGUAACCCAAGUCAGCCCAAACGACGCACCAUGAUAUCCACACCCACAGGUCAAUGGGCCCUCGGUAAGACUAUCGGUGCUGGAAGCAUGGGCAAAGUAAAGAUUGCAAAGAACAUAGAAACGGGCGAGCAGGUCGCUGUCAAGGUCGUCCCGAGGCAAAGCACCGACGAGCAUCGAAGUGGAAGAGACGCUGAGCGCGCCGACCGGUCGAAAGAGAUUCGCACCGCGAGGGAGGCUGCCAUCGUUUCUCUCGUUGACCACCCAUAUGUAUGCGGAAUGCGGGACGUCGUUCGUACGCCAUAUCACUGGUACAUGCUGUUUGAGUAUGUCAACGGUGGUCAGAUGCUGGACUAUAUCAUAUCUCACGGCAAACUGAAAGAGAAGCAAGCAAGGAAAUUCGCCCGACAGAUCGCCAGUGCUCUGGAUUAUUGUCAUCGCAACAGUAUUGUUCACCGCGACCUCAAAAUCGAGAACAUCUUGAUCAGCAAGACCGGUGAUAUUAAGAUUAUUGACUUUGGUUUGAGCAACCUGUUUUCACCAAGAAGCCAUUUACGUACAUUUUGUGGAAGUUUGUACUUUGCCGCUCCCGAAUUACUGCAGGCGCGUCAAUACACCGGUCCUGAAGUAGAUGUAUGGAGUUUUGGCAUUGUCCUUUAUGUCCUUGUCUGCGGCAAGGUCCCCUUUGACGACCAAAGCAUGCCGAAUCUUCAUGCUAAGAUUAAAAAGGGCGAGGUCGAAUACCCACAGGGCUUGACGUCAGAAUGUCGUCAUAUAAUAUCACGAAUGCUAGUCACGGAUCCAAAGAAAAGAGCUAGUUUGGCUGAAAUCAUGAAUCACCCUUGGAUGACAAAAGGCUUCAAUGGACCACCAGAAAACUACCUCCCGGCGCGAGAGCCACUUCAACUUCCACUGGAUCCAGAGGUAGUGGAGAAGAUGACGGGUUUCGACUUUGGACCACCUGAAUUCAUUACAGCUCAAUUGACGAAGACCUUGGAAUCUGAGGACUACCAAAUCGCAGCGAGGUCAUUUACUAGAGAAUCAGCGACCCCCAACCCAAGCACUGACAAGAGAAGAGGUGUCUUUGACUUUUACCGACGGCGGAACUCCGCAAGCAGAGAGACUUUGUCAAAUCCGUCGGUCGAGGCCGUCCAGAUUGGAAGUGACCCGCUUAAUGCCUACAGUCCUCUCAUUUCUGUCUAUUUUCUCGUGAAGGAGAAACUUGAGCGGGAACGGGCGUCCAAGAACCCAGGAGCCCUGUCUAUCCCAUCUGACGGCGCCUUGAAAAUGCCGGACUUGGCAGCACCAGAGACUGCACAUACGAAUCAGUACGAUGUACCCGGAGUAAAGGAUACCAGCAGCAGAAGCCGCCCGCGAGCCAGGACCCAUGGCGAUGACGACUUGGCUGAUGGAAUCAAGAAACUCCAUGUCAACCAGCCGGCCAGUCCAAACCCCAAUCCGAAUAUAGCGGCACUUCAGGCCGAUUCUCCCGCCAAGAAAGAGAGUACUGCAGCCGGUAUUCUGAGACGUUUCAGUACUCGCAGAGUUAGAGAACGGGGUCGCGAGUCUGGAGAAAGAGAGAAACACUCUGCACAGAAUGUACCGAGCCUUAAUGUCCAGCCGCCUGCCGACUUGGCCUCACCACCGCAUCGUGGUUUCAGUAUUCGCAGAACCAGGCGUGCUGAGCCAUCACCAACUACAUUGCAUGCGUCAGAUAGCCAGACACAGCAAGACCCCCUCCGGCCCCCCGGCUCAGCAGGGGCACAACUUCAGGAGUCACGAUCCAGCAAAUACUUGGAGAGGUCUGCAAGUGUCAACUCUGGCGAUUAUCGGUCCCGCAGGCUGGCGCGAAAGUACGGUACAGAUGGCAAUGGCUCAAAUCUCAAUGAACCGCCUCUCACAAGCGGGUCUGACGGUCUCGGUGUUAACGAGAUCAGCGCGCAAAAGGCCGGUCUUGGAGAACCAGCUCCACUAAAUGAGACCAAAACCGCACCUCGAGCACCGGCUAUGCGGGCCAAAUCUCUUGGACACGCUCGACGGGAGAGUAUUCAAGCCCGUCGAGCUCGUCGGGAAGAAGCCAGAGAGGCUACUGUUCCUGAAGAUGAAGACGACGGUGAUCUCUCAAACACUGGCAAUGCCUUGGAAACUCCAAAUACCGGCGAAGAUUUUGCUAAGCCAGUGUACCUUAAAGGCCUCUUCAGUGUUUCCACGACAAGUAGCAAGCCUCUGCCAUUUAUCCGGGCCGAUAUCAUCCGCGUUCUCAAGCAGCUGAAUGUGGAAUAUACAGAGAUCAAAGGUGGAUUCAGCUGUCGUCAUGCGCCCAGCAUUGACCUCGAUCGAGUGGUUGAUGCUCGCCCUUCAAGCCCUGAAAGACAGGGUCAGGUUUCCAGUCACAGACGCAGAAUCAGCUUUGGGGGGUUGAGGGCGAAUGAAGAUGCUAGAGAAGAAACAAAAGCAGCCCAUUCGUCUCGAUAUAGUCGGCGCAACCAAGGCCCUCCAGACCGCAGUUUCAUUUCCAACUCAGAGGUGUCGGAUGAUUACGGGCAGUCUCAAGAGAACACCAAUGCUGUGGGUGAGCGGGUAGUUGGUGAGACCACAACACGGGUGCAGAGCGAUACUGGUGAGAAUCUCGUUUUGCGGUUCGAAAUUCUGAUUGUCAAGGUUCCGCUGUUUUCUCUCCAUGGCAUUCAGUUCAAGAAGGUCUCUGGUGGAAUGUGGCAGUACCGAGAGAUGGCUAAGAGGAUCCUGGACGCUCUUAGACUUUAAUGAAUUUUCCAUGGCCUGGUUUUUUUAAGUUUCCUUUUUCCUUGUCUGUUUUCUUGCCUUUUACUUACGUACCCCCUGACGAAAUAUCUGCCUGUACUGAUUCAUCAAUAUAUUCUCGGUUCCACGUUCCCCCUCACAAUACCUAUUGACGUCGCCUGUUUAUUCAUCUUACCUAUUCUCUGUCUUACUGUACAUUAUAGUCAUGUUUGGUUUCAGAGAGUUUAUUACUUGCAUGGCGCCGCUUAUUCUUUUAAUUCAACGAUUGUAAGUGUCAAUUUUGUAGAUAGUUGUGAAUAAUAUA